CUCCUACAGUUUUGGCUGUACGCUUAUUUCCACGACCGUCCAUAGUUUGAUAAAUAAACAUCAUUCUCGAAGCAUGGCGUCAGUGUUGUCACAGCUGAUGGGUCAGUGGAUGGAUGUUCAGGGACUCCUGAUAUUUCUGUGUGUGCUGCUGUUGGUGAAACACCUGCGAGAUGUUCAGUCAAAGAACAUGCCGCCAGGACCCUUCCCUCUGCCUAUCAUUGGAAACCUUAUAAAUAUAGGCUUCAGGGAUCCACUGGGUUCCUUUCAGAGGAUUGCUGAGCGUUAUGGAGAUGUGAGCACACUUUAUCUGGGAAACCAGCCCUGCAUACUGCUCACUGGAUACGAGACUUUCAAAGAGGCAUUUGUGGAACAGGCGGACAUCUUCACAGACCGGCCGCGCUUCCCUCUGAGUGACAAGCUCACUAAAGGGAAAGGUCUAUUUAUGUCAAGUGGGCACAUGUGGCGUCAACAGAGGCGUUUUGCUCUGGCAACACUGAAAUACUUUGGUGUGGGGAAGAAAACUCUAGAAAACUUCAUUCUGCAGGAGUGUCGCUGUCUCUGUGACUCUGUACAGACUGAACAAGGUUUGCCCUUUGACCCUCAGCAUCUUGUGACCAAUGCCGUGGCUAAUAUAAUCAGCGGGUUGGUGUUUGGUCACAGGUUUGAGUAUGAUGAUCAUCAGUUUCAUCUGAUGCAGAAGUAUGUGGAUGACAUGUUACAGCUUCCCAUCUCAAACUGGGGUCGGUUAUAUAAUCAGUUUCCCACCCUCAUGUCGUUGCUGCCAGGAAAACACCAGACGGCAUUCGCAGGCUUGUUUAAACUUCAGCCCUUUCUGCAGGAGGAAUUCAGAAAACACAAGGAGGAGAGAGACCCAUCCAACCCCAGAGACUACAUUGACUGUUAUCUGGAUGAAAUUGAGAAGUGUAAGGACAAUGAGGCAGAGUUCACAGAGGAGAACCUGAUGUACUGUGUGGUGGAUCUGUUUGGAGCCGGAACAGAGACCACCUCUAAUACACUCAGAUGGGCUUUACUCUUCAUGGUCAAGUAUCCAGACGUGCAAGAGAAAGUCCAAUCUGAGAUCGAUCAGGUGAUUGGACAGACACGUCAACUACAAAUGGAUGACCGAACAAAUCUGCCGUACACCUACGCUGUGAUCCAUGAAAUUCAGAGGUUUGCGAACAUUGUCACCUUUACACCUCCCAGAGUGGCCAACAAGGACACAACAGUGGGAGGACAACUCAUCCCGAAGGGUGUGAUGGUGCUGCCGUUGCUAAAGACAAUCCUACAGGAUAAGAAUGAGUACAGCACUCCAUAUGAAUUCAACCCUGCGCACUUUCUGGACGAAAAUGGCAUGUUUUUGAAAAAAGACACUUUCAUCCCUUUCUCAAUAGGUAAGAGGAUGUGUCCAGGUGAGCAGCUCGCUCGUAUGGAGCUCUUCCUCUUCUUCACGUCUCUGAUGCAGCGUUUUACCUUCCUGCCUCUGGAGGGACAAACGCUGAGUCUGAAAGGAUCUAUAAGCGUCUCGUUUGGUCCUGAACCCUUCCAGAUAUGUGCAGUGCCUCUAUAGUGAAGAUUAGAAUCAUUCAAAAAUCAGCUUCCUUACAGCAGUUCUGUUCCUGAAUCAUGUUCAAGCACCAGUGUUUAUUACAUAGGUUCUGGGCGUCAAAAUGCAGAGACAACAAAC